AUGGUUAGGACUCAGACUCGACUCGACCGUUUCGUCGUGCUCAAAAGCACGAAUGAGGAGCUUCCUGUGAACAAAAUGGCGAUUCAACAAUCGGCGUGUGAGCAAAUCAUGGAAGACACGGUGGCGACGUCAUGGACAGCAUUUUCGAGAGAGCAUCUGGUGCCUGUGCCCAGAGCCGCCCUGACCCAUCUGGAGCUGGAGGAGACAGAACAACUCUGCGCGGGUACCGCUGAACCACGCAUCUUCGACGAUGAUUCGGCAGACACAAGGGUGUAUAACACACCUGGAUUCAUCAACGGUCGGACUCUUGACGAGAUCUUUACUGGCAAGCUGGAACUCAUCUCAGGCAGCACUUUGUUCGAACUGAGUAAGCGCUACAAGUUCUCCACGAUCGAAUCAAAGGUGAACAUGGGCAGACCUAAUGAAAGUGUCAACAUCCGGAAGUUGCACAAAGAGCUGGCCAAAUACAAGAGUCAGGUGCUGCGAGAGGGCUUGAAAUGCGCUUAUGCGUUUGAGUUCGACCUGAAUAAGGCUCGCAAAUUUCAUGGGCAAUCAGGUGUGCAUAUGCCCGCUCCAAGUCUUCGUUGCGGAGAAUGUACGCUGUGCAUACAGGCAGAAGAUUGGGAGGAGCCUGAGAAAGUGUCUGAGUACUGGACUGGCCCAAAACGCGCUCAAAACACGAGAGACGAUGGCGGACAUGGCCCGGAAACGACGAACACUCCAUCUCGUCUCACACCCACCUCAAACAAAACCACGCACAAGUUUCCAUCGACGACGGAAACUCACAAGACACCACAGCGGGGGCGCGACUCAUCUGCGGAGAAGAAAGGUCGAAAGCUCCCUUGGCUUACGGACCCCGUUUCAAGCGAUUCGAAAGGACUCAAGAAGGCCUCGAAGUCGAUGUCCACGAAGCGAAAGUUGUCGUUCAAGGAGCUGUCUUCCAGUCCGCAAGCAAGCUCGACUUCCAGCAAAGCGCAAUCGCUCCAGCCGCCCCGAAAGAAAGCCAAGCUGGCGAAGUCCGAGUCACCUAUCUUGAUCUCAGACUCCGAAGAUUCGAUGCCCGCGAAACCUAUCUCACCACAAGCGCCAAUUGUCAUCGAGGACAGCGACGACGACAGCGAGGCGUUCGAGGUCCAAAAUACCGCUCCGCUCGAAAACCGCCGACGUCUGACGGAUCAGCUACGUCAGCCUCUGCGGCCAAAGAGCCCAAACAAGUUGAAUGCGAAGCAAGUGCAGGAGGGACGGAAGCCAAAAGAGACCAACAGUAUACGCAUCACCGACUUCUUCAAGCGAGAUGGCGACAACGACAGUCUGACACAGAUUGCUGCAAGGAAGGAUUUGCACAGUCUGUAUGAUUGA